AUUGUGUAGACAAGAAUCUAUUCCGGAUCUUUUUCUGCAUGUCUUCUACCGGUGUCCUGAAACGAUGCUGCGGUCGAAUAACAUGAUGAUGAUGCCUCGUUAAGGGUUUUAUUUUUGGCUUAUCAGACUCUGCAUCGGAUAAACGACUUGGGGAGUUUUCAGCCCCGGGCGUACACAGAUCAAAAGCCGUUUCCCAGGCCGUGGAAAGACAUGGAGAUUAAGGGAGAGAGAGGAUAGAGAGAGCUGAAGCUCCUCUCCCAACAGAUAAUACCGCUGCCCCGGCCCGGGAUGCAGAAAACAAACCGAGUUUCAAAAUCGCAGGAUGUGUGAAUAAACGCCAGCCAUUUAAAGCACGUAAACAUUCGGGAUAACCGAUACUGAAUACCGCUCAGGCCUGUUAAGGAAUCAGAAAGGAGGAGGGUGGCAUUUUAGACUCGUCAAUCUCAUCUUUGCGAGGAAGAAGGGCCUCAUGGGACGCUAUGCAGGGUUAAAAUGGUUUUGCACGCUCAUGAGUUACCACAACCAGAAGUUUUCAACCCCGGACACAAACAGAUUGUGUGCAGUUGUGGUGGUGGACACGUACUCUGGCAUGGGCGUACAUUUUUCGCACAUGGACGUCUGAAACAAAAGUUAUCAUGUGGAUAUCUGCACUUGCAAGAUUCAUGUGACUUUGUGAACAGUGUUUUUCUGCCAGUUUGUCUCUCAUCAAAGUGUGAGCAUAUAUCACCUCAGAGUGGAGAAUGAGCUCUCAUUUAGGGCACAAGACAUCAAGAGCUCUGUUUCAUAUUUUGUACUCGUAAUUACGAUCUUUUCUUAGACUGACUGUUCCGGAGGGAAUCCAGACUCCACUGAGACUGUAGAAAUAGAGUCAUAUAGUUUGUCUUGUAGUUUAUUUUUUUCCUUAUACUUUUUGUUUCACCUCCCAUCAAAACAGAUUUUUUUUUCUUUUUCUUUCUGUAGUCUGACGUCAUGCUCACAUGCACUCAUCUGCUGUGAUGCUUUGAGAGAUUGGAGACCGGUCUCUGAGCGAGUACUGUGUGAAUGCCUCAACUCAAGUUGCUGCUUCCUUUGAGUUCUUUCUGAUCUAACAUGGGGCUUACCGGAGAUUUGCACUAAAAGAGCUUUGCUGGCACUUGAUUUUCCUUUUAUUGACCAAAUCUUGUUACAUUCAAGCCAUAUGAACUUAUUUUUAAUUAAACUAGAGCUAUUUUUGUAUUACAGUAAAGUCAUAGUAUCGCAUAUUAUGUGUAUCUAUUUAGUCUAUUUUUUAUGUAUCAGCACAGACGUAUACGAAAAGUCAUCUGCACUAUUGUACGUUAACAUUUGUUUUUUGGAAAGAAUUGCACCUGGAUUUAUGAGAACAUAAUCUGUUUCACUAAAUUUAUUGUUAUGGCCAUGGCUACACACCAUCCUUGCUCAGGUGGGAGACGACUUUCCUUCGCUCUCUGACGCCUCCCCCUGGUCCCCAGUUUUUUUUUUUUGACGCCUCUAAAUGCCUGUGGGUCUCAGUGUGGACGGGGCUCUGGGAUACCCCUCCCCAUCCCGCCCAUUCCGCCCCAGUCGCUAUGUGCCUGUGUCCGCAGCAACCGCCUUCCUUGUGGGGGCCUCGACGCUGUUUCUUUGUUUCACAUGUCCGUGGCUGGCAGAGAGGUUCUCCUCCUCCAUUCCGCUCUAUAAUGUUGUGGUCUUCCUCUUCACACUGGCCAAUUUCUCUAUGGCCACAUUCAUGGACCCCGGUAUCUUUCCUAGAGCUGAAGAAGAUGAGGACAAAGAGGAUGAUUUCCGGGCUCCGCUUUAUAAGACGGUGGAGGUGAGGGGCAUUCAGGUGCGGAUGAAGUGGUGCUCCACAUGUCGCUUUUACAGACCACCGCGCUGUUCACACUGCUCCGUGUGUGACAACUGUGUGGAGGAGUUUGACCACCACUGCCCAUGGGUGAAUAACUGCAUUGGCAGAAGGAAUUAUCGUUAUUUCUUUCUGUUCCUGCUCUCGCUCACUAUUCACAUUAUGAAUGUGUUUGGCUUCAGUCUGCUGUACAUCCUCCAUCACACUAAACAUCUGGACCAGGUCGACUCUGGAGUCACUAUGGCGGUGAUGUGUGUGUCUGGUCUGUUUUUCGUCCCGGUUGCGGGACUCACUGGGUUCCACAUUGUGCUUGUUGCCAGAGGGAGAACAACCAAUGAACAGGUCACUGGGAAGUUCAGGGGUGGCGUUAACCCCUUCACACACGGGUGCUUAAAAAACAUUGCACACGUGCUGUGUGGUUCACAGGCUCCCAGGUAUCUUGGUCGCUUGCGAAAGCCUCAUUCUGUUCAGGUCCAGCCACCAUUUCUGCGGCCCCCUCUGUCAGAAGCCCAACUAGAAGCUAAAGCUGUGGAUAAUGGCAUCCAACAGUCUAAAAGUAGUUUGGAGAUAAUGGAGAGUCAGUCCACUGAUGCUGAUCCCCCUCCACCACCUAAACCAGAGCACAAAUACCCUGGGCUGCCUCACACACAAAAUGAAGCUUUCUUCCAAUCAGAGUGCAGCUUGCUGACCGAGGCUCCACCCACACCUUCAUUGUAUAAAUACAGGCCGGCCUACAGCAGUCCAGGAAAAAACCACACGGCCUCAACACAUUCCAGCAAGAUGAGUCGAGGGAACAGUAUGACCGAGUCUCCCUCUGUCCCCGUCACCACUGGGCAGCUCAGCUACCGCUCAGACCCCAGUUUGUCAAGCCGAGGGGGUGCAGGGUGCCGUGGGGGAGGGGAGGGAGGUAAAGCAGGCUCGGGGGGCCUGGGUGGGGCCUCUACGUUCGGUGGGCGAUCCUACCCAUCUUUUACCGACACCCUACUCCAAUCAGCAGCAGCCUCUUGCUCCUCAAGCCUUCGCUCCGCCCAUACGGCCCACAAUGCCCUCGGGCCUCUCAUCUCUGAGGGUACGACCUCCACUAGCUACAAGAGUUUAGCCAAUCAGACACGCAACGGCAGCUUGUCAUACGAAAGUCUGCUGACACACUCCGAAAGCCCGGAGUUUGAGUCUGCUGCUCACGAGCUGUCCCCACCCAGACCACACCCUCCGCACUCUCUUAGCACAGCAGCAGGGGCCCCGCCUAUUUCGGGGUACACGUCCCCUUUCCUGUCAGCUCAGCAGAGGGAGGGCUCUCUCCAGGCCUGCCCUGCCCCCCUAAGACCCUCCCCCAAUAGAGCUUUCCUGCGCCCAACAAGCUCACCCCCUUCUCGGGCUCCGCCCCUUUCUCCUCGCGCUCGCUCAUUGGGCUCCCCUCCUCCUGGCCCUGCCCCUGGCCAUACACCUUUGGGCAAAUCAUUGUCCUAUGGAGGUGGCGCCGAAUUACAGCACCGCCCCUCUAGCUCAGGGGGCGGGACUCCGAUGCCGAACUCGACUAUUAAACAAAAUGUGGCCAAUCAUAACACCCCCUCACACAAACCUGUAGGAGGGGUGAAAAAAGUGACUGGUGUUGGAGGAACGACCUAUGGGAUUUCAGUGUGACUGACAAAAGAGAAUCAGGAUUCACUCUGCAGUUUUUGCCCUGUGAGCUUCAGCCAGACGGAUGUAAAGCUGCUCAACCAAACAUGCAAAAAAGCAUACAAGACUACAAGAAGAAAUCGUGUUUCCCAGUCAAGCUUCAUCAGUCACUGUG